UAAUCAAAGAUCUGAUAUGAAGGGUGGUUUAUGGAAUAAAAAACUCACCAAUCAAGCACCGGAUUCCUUCUCUUCUCUAUAAAAACAAAUGAGUUUCUGAAAAUUCAAUUUUCUUUCUCAAUAAUUUUGGAGCAAAAACCGCUGAAACAAGGAUGGGAUUCAGGUUCCAAAAUCUAAAUCCCAUGUUCAGAUCAUACCUCUCUAGACUCUCUUCUUCACCCAGAAAUCUACACCCCAACCCCAUUAUAAUUCAGUCGCUCAAUCCCCAUUUUCAAAUUUACCCUCCUCAGGUCUUCUCUGAUAAUCCCAUUUACAACAUCCCCAGACGGUGGCAUUUGGGUCAUUCUCAUGGUCACCAUGAUCACCACCACAAUUUGACCAAGGAAGGCGAGAAAAUAUUUCGCUUGGGUCUGGGAGCGGAUAUCGGUUUAGCUACUAGUAAAGCUUUAACUGGCUACUUAUCUGGAAGUACCGCCAUCAUUGCCGACGCCGCCCAUUCGAUAUCGGACGUGGUUCUUAGUGGAAUUGCUUUAUGGUCAUUCAAAGCCGCAAAUGCGCCCAAGGACAAAGAACACCCAUAUGGACAUGGUAAGUUUGAAACUCUUGGAGCUCUGGGAAUUUCUUGUAUGCUUUUGGCUACUGCUAGUGGAAUUGCUUGGCAUGCUUUAGAGCUCCUAAUUGGGUUACUGUCCACUGCUCCUGAAGCUGUUAAUGGUCAUUCAUUGGUUCACGGGGAUAGCCAUCAUCAUGGAAUUGAUAUGGAUCACCCUAUUCUAGCUUUGAAUAUGACCAUUAUAGCAAUAUGUAUUAAAGAAGGGCUUUAUUGGAUAACAAAAAGAGCUGGGGAAAGGCAAGGUAGUGGAUUGAUGAUGGCAAAUGCAUGGCAUCACCGUGCAGAUGCGAUUUCAUCGGUAGUUGCACUUAUUGGGGUUGGAGGCUCUAUUCUUGGAGUAAAGUUUUUAGAUCCUCUUGCUGGACUGGUUGUCUCAGGAAUGAUUCUAAAAGCUGGGCUGGAAACUGGAUACCAGAGCGUCCUUGAACUCGUUGAUGCUGCCUUACCUACAGAACAAUUGGAGCCCAUAAAUCAAACAAUUCUACAAGUUAAAGGAGUCAAGGGAUGCCAUCGAAUGAGAGGAAGGAGAGCUGGUUCUAAUCUGUACCUUGAUGCACAUAUUGUGGUUGAUCCCUUUUCUAGUGUUAGUGCUGCACAUGGCAUUGGCGAAAAUGUUCGUCACCAAAUUCAUAAAUCCCACCCCGAAGUAACCGAAGUUUUCAUACACAUUGAUCCUGCCUAUGUAGAGUUCUCCCCUGAUGUAAUGGACCAAAAUGAAGGUUCGAAGACAAUCACGGAACAGAAUAGUAACAUGUCUGUCGGUGAAGGGAAUGUUCAAGCAAUUGUUUCUCAUAUUCUCUCAUCAAAGUUUCCAAAGAAAUUUAAGGUCGAGCGCAUCACCCAACACACCUUGCAAGGGAAGAUGGUACUUGAAGUUGAGGUUACCAUGCCACCAGAGAUUAUGAUCCGCGAAGCCAUGGACACAGCGAAGGAAGCAGAGAAGGAGAUAAUGAAGGCAGCUUCAAACAUUGUUCAUGUCAACCUGCAGCUGAGAUUGGGACGCCCAAUUCCACAAUUCAGAUAUAUUUAACAAAACUUCCAAUAUUCAAGAAACCAGAUUUCUCUGCCCUACCCUUAAACCUAGUUUGCUUUGCCCUACUGUUCCCCACUUUUGCAAAAUGUGAAAGAGAAAAGAAAUUACUGUUGCUAUUGGUAUAUCUUGAUUUGCUUACAAAUAAAAAGGAGAUGAAAACUGAUAUAAAA